AUGUCUUCCCAGGGCCAGACUGGCCUGCCAAAGCUUGGCAAUGUCCUCUACCAGACCGUUUUUCAAUUUCCUUACAGUGCCUAUUCAGUCCCAAGAGUCCCCGACCAGAACACAACGCCCUCUUUUCCUGAUCCGUCAGCGAUGCCCCACGAACGGACGAAGUCGGAGCACCAGAAUGCGCACACGCUGAGCGAGCCUCUGGCCAGCUUCUGCGCGUCGAGCAACACCGUAUCGGGGUUUCUUGCUGAGAAUCCCACAUUGACGCCUGGCCACGCGUGGAAGGAGCUUGCCGACAACUACAAGAGCAGUCUCCACGAGCCAAAACACAUUAGAGAUAUCGGACAAGGGGAGGUGACCGACGAUGAGCUCGAGGUGGCGUUCAAGUGCACACUCAACAACGAUCCCGCUUGUGGGAUGGCGAGUCCAUCAUUGCUUGGCAGCAGCGGCGUGGUCCCGCUCACCAUUCUCUCUGUCAUCCCCGACAUUGUGAGACACAUGUCGAAUCUCAUCGUGAGGGCAGAGAAAGAGGUAAUCCUCGCGACAAAUUUUUGGCAAAACGGUGCCGCGUCAAAGUACAUCACGAACGCCAUGAAGGAAGCCUCCCGCCGCGCAGGGGAGCGGGGGACCAGGAUCACGAUGAAAGUGCUCUACGACCGCGGCAGCCCGAAACAGCUGUUCGAGCCUCACUAUAUCGUUCCUGAGAAGGAAUACACCGGCAAGGCUGUCGGUCUGCCGUCGAAACAGGAGAUCCCGAAUAUCGACCUGGAAGUGAUGAACUACCACGACCCGAUGCUCGGUACUUUCCACUCCAAGUUUAUGGUCGUCGACCGCAGGAUUGGCGUGGUUCAGAGCAACAACAUUCAGGACAACGAUAACCUGGAAAUGAUGGUUCAUGUCGAGGGCCCCAUCGUCGACAGCCUGUAUGAUAUGGCGCUGCUUACUUGGCACAAGAAGCUUGACCCGCCUCUGCCGACUAGAGAGACGCCAGCUGCGCUGGGCGAGCUGGGCAGCUUUGGGGUCAGUCACGACUCCAUUUUCACCCCCGAAGGAACUUUAAAAGGCCACAGGGCUGUGCUUGAUCCGGCUCGGAUGCCGCAGCGCGCCGCUGCCUAUGGCCCCGGCGCCGACCGCAUUCUAACGCCGGGCGAGGCCAACGGUUUCAGUGGAUCGACCGCUUCAAGCCCACCGCCUCGGGAUAUCCGGAACCGGCAAUCAGUCUCGCAGACCAUGCCGUUCGCAGAAGUCAUAGCGAAUGAUUCUCUGCCAGAGCACACCCACGAGGACCCGCAUUACGACGAUGAUAUCGCUGGCGAGGUUGCCCGCGUGCAAGCCGCAGUCUCGGCGAAGCCCAAUGAGUCGCAAAUGCAGGCCGUCAGCCGGCACCUCAACCACACCAUCAACAAAGACUUCAAGGGCACCGCCCCGGAGAGCGACCCGGCCGACGAGAUGACGCCGUACAUCCCCCACCCCACACACGAGCCGUUUCCUAUCGCGCUUGUCAACAGGCCGCCAUACGGGCCGCCGAACCACAAGUCGAUGGGGAACCCGCAGAACGCGGCGUGGUUGUCAGCGCUGCGUAAUGCGGAGAAGAAUGUCUUCAUCCAGACGCCUACGCUAAAUGCCGAGCCGCUGGUCCCGGCCAUGCUCGAGGCUUGUGAACGAGGUCUUGAUGUGUUUGCCUAUGUCUGUCUCGGAUAUAAUGAUGCUGGCGAGUUGUUGCCGAUGCAAGGAGGUCACAACGAGAUGAUCGCCGCCCAUAUGUAUGAGAAACUCUCACCUCAAGCGCGGCAACGUCUCCACUACUUCUGGUACGUCGGCAAGGACCAGACGCAGCCCAUAAUUGCAGAGAAGAAGAAGCGUUCGUGCCACGUAAAACUCAUGAUCGUCGACGAGUCGAUCGCCAUUGUCGGAUCCGGCAACCAGGACACCCAAAGCUGGUUCCACAGUCAAGAAGUCAACAUGAUGCUCGAGAGCCGUGAUGUGUGCAAGGCUUGGAUCGACGGAUUGAGGCGGAACCAGAACACGCACCGGUAUGGAGCAUUGAAUAGGGAAGAUGGCGUCUGGAGAGGUGAAGACGGGAAAGAGGCGGAUGGCGCGACAGGAGUUGACCCUGGGCGGUUCAGCUGGGCAAAAGGUUUGGUUGGAGCGAUCAAGAGGUUGGAAGGAACUGGAGGGUUUUGA